UCUAAAUCUUGUCUAUAAGAAUGGAUUGAGAAAAGUAAACUCAUUUUUAAAAUAUCCAUUUUAGAGAAGGCUAGACUAGAAAGAAGUAGUCUCCUCAACGUUUGCCAUUGAUGACUGUGCUUCAACUAUAGGAAGAAGUUUACUGGCUAGAAAAGUAACACAUGUUCAUAGUAGAAAGACAGUUAAAGGAAGAACAGACAAAUAAGAAGGUUAAAAUUCCCGAGAAUUUCACCACUCCGAGAUCAUCAUCAUUAGUGCUUAAGCACGUUGGCUUCCCCUCUUUUUCUGUGCCUUCAUAACCUUCCAUUGCUUUAACAGAAUUGGCAUUGGGCUGUUUAGAAUUCAUAAUCUCUUCUUUUCCAAUACUCCCUCAUCUGUCAUCAUUCUGGAGAGGAUGUUGGGAUAACCUGUUGGCAAAUACUUCUGUUAGGCCCAGGCACAUCAGAGCCAUGGUUCACUGGACCCGGGACAGAGAGUACUUAAUGGAUAGUAAUUAUUAGGAUGAUCGGCAUCCAUUUCCCCAUCAUCUGUCACCAGUAACCAGCAUUUCUCAAGGGCAACUCCCUCCUCAGAAAACAGAUACUCUGAUUGGGGAGGAACAAUCCCCCGUUCAGGUCCAGGGGUGCUCAAUGACUCAAGAAUAAACCAUUUAGGCAUUCAAUUCUGAUGGACUCAAUGAUGGUUUGUUUUGGUCCCAUGAAUAUCAAGUCCAGGAUUUUAUUCAAGACUGUGGGAUAAAGGAAGCUCUCUUUGUCACAGAAUAUUUACAUUUAAAGAGGGGAUUCUAAAUAUUCCAAAAUACAAGGCUGGACUUGUGGUCAGAGAGGCAGUGAUGUUACCUCUCUCGGGGGGUCUGUGUGUGUCCAGCUCUACAUGCCCCUCAGGCAGGUCCAGACUAUCUCCCACCAUGAAGCAGACCCCCACCACAGCCCCUACUGGCCUACACUCUAACCACAGAGUCUCAGUCUGCUCAAGGAGACCGCCAUCUUCUCAAGGGUAGGAGACAUCUCACUCAUGUCCUUAGAGCAAGCUUCCUAAAUAGCUAUUCAUGAAUUCAUCAGUUUGGAAAAAGAUCCAAGAGCUGAGAAAUGGAGACAAUCUAGAUUUAGUCACCGAGGGGCUUCUGGGGUCCAGCUCCUCUGCUGGCUGCAGCACAGGCUUCACAUUCUUGUUCUUUCUUCUUGAUUUCACCUUGUGACUCAGCACUGGGAGUGCAAGUGUGGUUGGUGACAAUGAUACUGUCACCUACCCCAAGCCAGAGAACUUCAACAAACCACCUUGCAGAUGACACACGAAAACCAGAAGAGCACCGGUGUAGGAGGUCUGUGAGGUCUUGAGCCACCACUCCUGCCUUGCCCUUGCGGACUGUGUAUCUGGAAAGAAGUAACACCAGCAGCUGUGACCCCGGCAGACCUUCGGGAAAGAUGCGGCCACUCCUGCUUUUGUUAGUGUUUCUUCUGCCUCCUGAGGCUGGGACAGAGGACAUCAUCGGAGGACAGGAGGCCAAGCCCCACUCCCGCCCCUACAUGGUGUUUGUUCAGUGUCUGCGGGGGAACAAAAAGAAGAGGUGUGGCGGUGUCCUCGUGCAAGAGGACUUUGUUCUGACUGCUGCUCACUGCCGGGGAAGAUUAAUCAAUGUCAUUCUUGGAGCCCACAACAUCCGGAAGCAGGAGAAGACCCAGCAAGUCAUCACUGUGAGACAAGCCAUCCGCCACCCAGACUAUAAACGUAAGAAGUUCUCCAAUGACAUCAUGUUACUAAAGCUGGAGAGAGAGGCCAAGCUGACUGCAGCUGUGAGGACCCUCAGCCUGCCCUGGGGCACAGCCCAGGGGGACUCCGGGGGCCCUCUUGUGUGUGAGAAUGUGAUCCAAGGACUUGUCUCCUAUGGACGAAGAGACGGGACUCCUCCACAGGCCUUCACGAAAGUCUCGAGUUUCCUGCCCUGGAUAAAGGAAACCAUGAAAAAGCUCUAAAUCUGGGAACCAGCCAAUCUUCUCUGGAGCUGAUCCAGAAACACCCAGAAACUAAAUAAAUGUCUCUGAGCUGAGCA